CCCCGUCUCCCCCACUUCAUCUUCCUGUUUUUAGCAAAUUGUCGCUAUCUCGUUCUUUUAUCAAUGUUUUCCUAUUGCUAUUUCUGUUUAAUGACCUUUGAAUAUGCUGAAUAAUAAUAUCAUAAAAUCUUUGUUUACUUCUUCACUUGUAUCUUGCGUGUUUUUGUUAUUGUGUGUAAAAAUAUUAUCAGUCUAAGUUUCCUGUAUUAUCGGUAAAUCGUCUAUUAAUAUUUGGAAAAACAAUUUAGAAUAGGUUUAGGGAUUGCAAAUGUGAAUAAAAUAAGAGGAUUACUCUAAAUUUACUAUCGAAAGUCAUUGUGAAUAAUCAAUUGCUUACAAAUUUAUUUGCUGUUGUGCUAGUGCUUGUAUUAUGUAAUGGAAGGAUGUAAUCUAUUCGAUUUAAUAGUAUAACAACAUUCAUAUACAUUUAAUAUUGUGUUGUGUAAAUCAGUGAAAUAAAUAAACAUUGUAAGUAACGACACGUGGGUCUCAGUGAAUUAAAAUCGAUAAAGACGUAAGCGUGCGCUAGUCUAUCAACGAGACGAUUCUACGUCAAGGUCACUUCACACAACACGUGCAAUGUCGGAUUCUAUUUACACUCAUGACUUUCUUUUAGAACCGAGUUUAGAGAUAAAACAGGAGUCGCCCUUCGAAUUGGGCGCGAUGUCAGCAUCAGUACCAAUUCCACAUAGGCGAUCAGAACUUGGUGACUUCAAUGGAGACAUAGACUUGUGUUUACAAGACAAUCAAGUUGGAUCCUUUCACAGUGUUCCUACAUUGUCAUAUAACAAACUGUCAUUUGAAGCUGAUUCCUCAAAAAUGGAACCAUUUAAAAUGGAAGAUGAUGAUAUAUUUCAAGUAGAUAAAGCUGACUUAAUAUUAGGACCUACUCUGGCAGAGUUAAAUGCAAAUCCAGAUACUUCCUUGGAUGAUUUGAACUUUGAUGACUUACUCUUACCAGAGGAAAAUGGAUACUGUAUACAAAUAGGUGGUGCCAUGAGUGGAUCAAAACGUAUUUCAAAUACUUUACAGAACACAAAUAUAAUGGCCACAGAAAGUCCCUGUAGUCCAUAUAGUCGUGCACAACUUGCCUUUUCCCCGUCGAGCCAGCAUAGUUCAGCUUCAUCAAGUUUUGUUCCACCAAUUAACCAGUUACCAGAAUUACUGCUUCGUAUGGAUGGUUACAGUGGUGAAAUUGCUUUGGGACAAUCGGUACCUGCAUCUUCUGUAUUGCCACCUUUUCCUCCUAGUGUAAAAGCACAACAGACACAACUAUCAUCUUCUGCUCCUACACAUUUGACAAUGGAACAGAUAUGGCAGCGAAGAGAACCACGAAAGCAUUUACUAUCCACAAGUUCCCUAGCAGAAGCAGGCUCAGUUUCGUCACUUUCUGGUGGUCUACUCAGUCCAGGAACUGGUGACUUCUCACAAGAUGAUGAGGAUGAUAGAGAUGUAGAAUCUGAUGAAGAUAGUGACAGAUACGAGGACCUCUCUUCUGAUGAUUCAAAUGAUGAUUGUCCAGAAAGGAAGGAAGCUAGGCUUGCAAAAAAGGAAAAAUACUUUUGGCAGUACAAUGUACAAGCUAAAGGACCUAAAGGACAGAGAUUGAUAUUGAAGAAAAAGUUGGAGGACCCACAUGUAUUAAAUUCAGUUACAGAUCCUGUAUUCAGCCCAAAUUGCAAUGUGAAGGGUAUAAAACAUAGUGGAAAAGCAAGGAAAGGUGACGGGAAUGACUUAACACCAAAUCCAAGAAAACUGUAUCUGAUUGGCUUAGAAUUGGAUAAAUUGGGAAAAAUAAUCAAUGAUAUGAUCCCUGUGAGUGAAUUGCCAUUCAAUGUAAGACCAAAAACAAGGAAAGAGAAAAACAAACUAGCAUCCAGAGCAUGCAGAUUAAAGAAAAAAGCACAACAUGAAGCAAACAAAUUAAAGUUGUAUGGUUUACAACAAGAACAUCGGCGGUUGCUGAGUGGAAUCAAUCAAAUGAAACAAAUUGUUUGCAAUAGGGUAACUAAUCCAGAAAAUAAUGUAGAUUGGUCCUCACACAUCAAUGGUCUAGUUGCUACAGCAACAGAGGUGAAAAUAGCUGGGAAAACAUCCGAGUUUGUUAAUAUGAUAUUGGACAAUGUUAAAUCAGGACAAAAUAAUGGUGGUUUAAACGACAUAUGAAGAUCGUUAUAUUCUGGGAAGACGCCCUGCCCAUUUUCUCCAAUCUGCAUUGCAUACACUAAACAAAUUUGAAACAGUGUGAAUUAUAAUAUAUUUUGAAUAACUGAUUCAAAUAUGUACAAAUUGAUGGACCAGACAUGUUCAAUAUGUGAUAAAUAUUCAUCUUUUUCUAUUAUUCGAGUGUUUUAAUUAUUUAGCACACAUAUCUUCUGAAAACUUUAGGCUAUUUGCAAUAAUAUAUAAAUGUUUUUAACAAAUGUAUAAAUAGAUAUUUUAUUCAUUACAUACUAAUCCAUAUUAAAUAUUAUUUUUAGAAGUUAGUGUUUCUAUGAAAUAUUGUUAAGUAAGUACUAUAGGUACCGUUUUAUUCAUAUUCGAAAUAUAUAGUUUUCUGUAAAACAUAUUUUAUUUUGAUGACACAAUUGGGCUGGUUCCUACUGUGAUAAAAUUUAUUGAAAUAAGUAACUGUACAUAGUCCCUAUUAACAUUGUAUAUAAUAUGAUUUCCAAAUAUGAAAACAAAGUUUAUAAUAUCUAGAAACUAUAUAUUUUAUUUACUAUUCAAUGAUUUCCACAUUCAUUUAAAAAAUAAUAUUCAAUAUGAUAUUUUUGUGUAUCAAAUAAGAGAUUUUUUGGCUAUGUUAAUAAUAAAACUGUUGAAAAGUUUAUACAUAUAUAGAUUUUUAUGGAAAGAAUUUUAAAGUAUUUUUUUGUUAUAGAAAUGAUUCUAUAUUGAUACAUAACUUUUAGUGUGAAAAAGUACAAAAAUUAUCUUGUGUGUUUAAACACCAAUAUUAAUUAUCUUAAUGAAAAAUAAGUUUCUUUUUCAUAAAAAUAUCAUAACAUUUUAAAAGUGGAAAGAACCCAAUUGUGUUUUCAGCAGCACACAAAAAAUAUUUUUUUUAAAGCCAACUAUAUGGCAUUAAUAAUAUGUAUUUAAUUACAACUAAAAGCAAAAAUCAAGCAAAAUUUGGUAUUAAUUGUUAAAUGUCUAAGAAAUAUUUUGUUUAUUUCAAUGUACUAUGAAGUGAUAUAAUAUGUAAAAAUUUGAUAAAAAAAAACUAUCUAUAAAAAAUUAAAUACAUGCAUUUUUCAAUUUAACAUUAUUAUAUUGGAACUUCACGAUGUUAAGAGUUUCUCUAUAACUUAUAAUAUAUACAUACAUUUAUAGUAUAUUUAGUUAUACCUAUUACUUUAGGAGUAUUUAGUGCUUUAAUAUAGGUAUUGGUAAUAAGGUUAUUGACUAUAUUUUUUUCACUUUAGUCAUCCACUAACAGCAAAUUAAUACAAUGUAGUAUAAACAUUAAUUUAUUAAAAACCGAAUGACAUUUAAUAUAUAACAUACCAAAUUAUCAAAAAGUAUAUAAUAAAGUUAGUUUUUUGUUGGGAUAAGUUACAAAUGAAAUAAGUUAAUUUCUAAAUGUAAGACAAUAUUUUUACUUCUAUAUAAGUUUUUAGUUGGAAGAUCAAAUUUGAAUUUGCUGACAUUUAAUGUAUGGCAGUUUCAUAAUAAUAGGAUCUUUGUAUCUAUCAUGGUGUCUUCAUAUUUCUUUAUAAAAUAAAUUGUGAUCUUUGAUAAUAUUAAUAAUAUGAGAAUACUUUAUAUUGUGUUACCGGGUUUAUUAACUUAGAAAGUGAGUCAGAUAAACUUUCUAGUCUAUUUUUAUUGUUACUUCUUGAAUUUUUAAUACAAAGAUUUUGGCUUAAAAACUGAGAGAGCAUGGUAAAGUUAUAAGAACAGACUAAAUGUCAUUAAAUAUAUAAUAUUUGAAAAUUCGUAUAUAAUGUAUAUUUUAAUACACAUACUAUUUUGUAUAAAAUGAUAUUAUAUAAAAAGUAGAGUUAAAAAGUUAUAUUCAGUGAUAUAAUUAAAAAUUCUAUAAAAUAGUUAUUUAUAUAACUCAUUUCAUUAUUGUUUUAUUUGGUUUAUUUAUGUUUAUGGUAUAGUAUUGGCAAUACCUACAUAGUAAUGAUACUUUAGUGUACUUCAAACUAUAGGCCCUUAUGGUACACUUUAAUCAUGUUAAUCAAUAUCUUAUUCUGAAUAAAGCAAACUGUUCUGCGAUCCAAUAGGCUGUGCUUAUCUGUAUAUAUCAUUUUAUAAGUCUUUGUUUUGUGUUAAGAUCUUAAUUUUGUGAAUUAAUAUUUUAAUAAUAAUAUUGUUUUACAUAGUUUUUAUGUCUGUAAAUGUUAUUUUUUGAAUAAUCAAAUUGUUUAUGAAUUCAAAUAAAAUGUAG